CUGAGGCACACACAGAGCGAGAGGGGCAGCGUUACAGGAGCACUGGCCACUCUCUGCUCAGUUUGUUCCUCCACAGUACAGCUUCGGUGACUGGGACUCUGAGUGGGAGAGCAAGUGGAGACCCCUUCACAAUGCUAAAUGGGAUUAAACUGGAUGGCGUGGAUUUCUCUGAUUGGGAUUGCUAUUACACUGGGAAUGAGGUUUACCAGCCGAUGGCCAACAUGAACCCGGGGAUGAACCUGAAUCCUUACGAGGAGGACGCGAGGCAUCCUGGCACCAUCAACGUGUCCUACAUAAACCCCGGGAUGGUAAGCCACCACCACCACCUGCUGCCGGGUAUGGGGGCCGGCGCUGGAGCCGCGACCAGUGCGGCCUCUGAGGUCACCGGGCUGGAGGGCUCGAUGGGUUCACCAAUGGAUCAGGUUGGAGCCCAACCCAAUGCCAUCAGCCAGAUUGCUUCCUACUGCAGCGUCAACCCUGCCAUCGGCCCAGCGCUCAGACGGGGCAGUCUGGAGUUUGCGGGGGACAGCAAGAGCUUCAGGCGGAACUACACGCACGCCAAGCCUCCAUAUUCCUACAUCUCCCUCAUAACCAUGGCCAUCCAACAAUCCUCACAGAAGAUGCUGACGCUCAACGAGAUCUACCAGUGGAUCAUGGACUUCUUCCCCUACUACCGGCAGAACCAGCAGCGCUGGCAGAACUCCAUUCGCCACUCCCUGUCUUUCAACGACUGCUUCAUCAAGAUGCCCCGGUCGCCAGAGAAACCGGGAAAGGGCUCCUACUGGGCCCUCCACCCGGACUCGGGCAACAUGUUCGAGAACGGCUGCUACCUCAGGAGGCAGAAGCGGUUCAAGUGCGAGCGGCGGAGCGAGGCAGCGGCCGCCCCGCGGAAGAGUGGCGUGGCCCCUGCGCCGGAGAGCCUGGGGCCGAGGGACGUGUCGCCGGACACAGACUCUUCCGUUGGGUCACCCGGCUCGGAGCAGGGGAGGAACCAGGGGAGGCCCCUCUACCAGCAGCUGGGCAAGGCAUCCCCAGAGGCCAGCCCUGGCAUCCCGAGCCAGGAGAGUCCCCCGGACACCAAGUCGGCUUCCUUGGUGCCCUCCCAGCCUUCGUUCCUCUCCCAGCUCUCCUCUGAGGUCUACCUCAAGCCUGACCCUCAGUUUCCCUUGAACCACCCUUUCUCAAUCACCAACCUCAUGUCGGCUGAGCAGCAGGCCGGCAGGGUGGAUGUGAAGCCCUACGAGCAGAUGGUAGAGUUCUCCAGCUACGGACCCUCGAUGACCACCGACGUCUCCAUGAACUCCGUGUUCUCCAAAACCGGACUGGACCUCAUGCCCAUAGCCAGCGAGCCGCCCGCCUACCAGUCUCUGUGCUCCCGACCAGUUCUGAGCUCGAUAUAGACUGUGCGCCCAUAAAAAAUAGACUCUUUUCCACAUGUAUGUGCUUUGUAGAUACCUGCAAUCUUGUCAAAGAACGGAUGAAAAUUAAUAUUAAUCCUUUGUAUAAAUCAAAAGGGAAUACGUGAGAGUAAAAGGACUUUCAAUGCAUGUAAUUCCUUUUUUAUUGCAAACGUUUACAAAACAGGGCAAGGCCAGGCCAUUCGGCCUUCAUCUGUUUUGCUGUUCAAUGGCGUUGCAACCACCAAGAUUUAUUACCAACACUAGCCAACACCCCCCACCUGAACCGUAACCACAUCCCCUAACACUCAACAUAACACCAUAAGACAUAGGAUCAGAAUUCGGCCAUUCAGCCUAUCAGGUCUGCUCUGCCAUUCCAUCUUGCCUAAUUUAUUACCCCUCUCAAUCCCAUUCACGCUGCCUUUUCCCAGCAACCUUUGACACUCUGACGAACCAGGACCCAAUUAACCUCUACUUUAGAGAUACCCAAUGAUAUGGCCUCCACAGCCAUCUGUGGCAAUGAAUUCCACAGAUUCACCAACCUCUGGCUAAAGAAAUUCCUCCUCAUUUCCAUGCUAAACAUAGAAUAUAGAAUCGUAUGGGCCCUUCGGCCCAUAAUGUUGGGAUGACCUUUUAACCCACUUUAAGAUCAAUCUAACUCUUCCCUCUCACAUAGCCCUCCAUUUUUCUUUUAUCCACAUGCUUAUCUAAGGGUUUCUUAAAUCUCCCUAACCUAUCUGCCUUUACCACCACCCCUGGCAGCACAUUCCAGGCUCCCACCACUCUGUGUAAAAAAAAAACCUGAUAUCCACCCCCCCCCCAACUUCCCUCCAGCCACUUUAAAAUUAUGCCGUCUUGUGUUAGCCAUUUCCACCCUGACGGAAUAUUCCCCAGGCUGCUCCACGAGGCGGGGGAAGAGAUUGCUGAGCCUCUGGCUAGGAUCUUUAUGUCUUCGUUGUCCACGGGAAUGGUACCAGAGGAUUGGAGGGAGGUGAAUGUUGUCCCCUUGUUCAAAAAAGGUAGUAGGGAUAGUCCGGGUAAUUAUAGACCAGUGAGCCUUAUGUCUUUGGUGGGAAAGCUGUUGGAAAAGAUUCUUAGAGAUAGGAUCUCUGGGCAUUUAGAGAAUCAUGGU